AUGGAAACAGCAAUAGAAGGAUUCCUGAAAAAAGUAAGAAUGUAAAUAGAAUAAAAAUUUGCUUUUAAAUACUGCCCUAUAUUUUAAAUUGAAUUAUCCCCAAAUAUUUUAGAUUGGACAUCAACAGAUUUUUAUUAGUUUUCCUAAAGUCUAUCUCAUCUGGACUUUGAAUCAAAAUAUUUUGAUAAAGCUUUGAGUGAAAAAUUAGAUCAAUUAAAUUCCAUGAAAUUUGAUGAAAAAUCACAUGAACAACUAUUCGUUCCCAAUUAAUCUUAGGCGAGAAACAAGAUAAUCAUAUCAGGUUUGUCAGCAAAAAUUAAUAAAAAUUAUGGAAUGAGUAAUUUUUAACGAUAAAUCUUAAGGGAAAAUGUUUUUAAGUCAAUUGAUAUUAGAGAUAAUUAAUUAAUUGCUGGAACUGACAUCGAAAAAUUGUCAAUUCUCACCCCAAACCUACUUUAUUUAGCAUAGGAUUAAAUAAAAUUGGUAUUCAAAUAUGAAGGGGAUUUAUUAUAUAAGGAUGGAAAUAGUAAGUUUGGAUUGUUUACAGGGACAUUAAAUAAAUGCAGCUUAUCUGAAGAAGACAAUGAAGGAAAUUUAAUUCUAAUUAAUGAUUAAGGAUAUUAUGUUUAGAAGAAAACAUAAUUACUUGAAUAAGAUGAAGUUGAAUUGCUAUUUCCUGAUAGUGAUAAUAAUACAUACAUGCUUGUUUUUAAUAAAUAAAUAGAUAAUUAAUCCUUAUCCUUAAUAAAUUUAAGAAACAAUAAAAAAGCAGAAAUUUAGAUAAAAAGAUAAUUACUAUAUGCUUACUUUUGUUUUAGUUUAUCAUGUGAAGCAAAAAUUCAAAUUCUAUGA